AUGGUCCAUCCAGAUGUGCCGCGUGACUUUGACGGGUGCGUAUUCCAGCUUGGCCUUGAGGAUGGUGCCACGACUGAAGAAUGCCAUAAGCACUACCGCGGGGAGCUAAAGGCUCGAGGCACCAUAUGGCGCCAUAUCCGCAAGGUCAAGAGAGCCAUGGAGCUCGAGAAGCAAAAAAACCCCCAACCAGUGGAGGAUAAUCCGGCAGAGGAGUCCGGUUCUAGUCUGGGCUCCACGACAUCCGAGUCCUCUUCUGAUGAAGAAGCCACUGCCAACAAUCAACAACUUCCUGGCUUGGUCUGGGCCAAAUACGAUCGCGAUUGCUCUUCUGUGAUGUACCGCGGCUGGUUUUUCGUGUAUCCAUAUGCAAAUAUCGAUUGCCGAGGUGCCGAUGGUGCGGCGCGUGAGAUAGAUAUCGUCACGUUUGACCCCAUCGAUCAGGAAGACGCAUGGGGAGAAGAUGAAGUUCGCAAGUUCGACCCGAUGGAACACCCUGUUCACGUAACACGGAAGAAAGCCAGAGAAGACUAUGAACAGGGGGUUAAGGAGUGGAUGUACAUGAGAAUAUGUUCACACUGGGAGCAAUCGGCUGACGAAGCCACGGAUGACGCGCUGAAGCUAGGCUGGAAGUCUUGGUAA